GGGAUGGGGGCGCCAACCAUAAUGGGGAGCGGGUGGAAAUGCAGCUCCAGGGGACGUGGUGGAGACAGCCACAGCGGAGAGGCGAGAGAUUGCUGCCCGGGGAGGCCGGGCUGCAGCAGAAAGGGGCUGGCAAGGCUGGGCUGUGCCUGAGAAAGGAAAGACAAAUCAAACCAGCCAGCGCCCAGGGGUCUGUGCAGCUACAACCCGGCAGGCUCCCCCUUCCACUUUCACAAAGGGUGGGGCUAAAUAGCGGCAUGUGGGUUGCCUGCGAGAAGGGUGACCAGACAGCAAAUGUGAAAAAUCGGGACUGGGGGGAGCAGAAUAGGAGCCUAUAUAAGAAAAAGACCCUAAAAUCGGAACUGUCCCUAUAAAAUCGGGACAUCUGGUUACCCUACCUGAGAGUCCCCUGGGGAUUUAUUCUUGUUGUAGCCCCAAAUGCUGGCAGCUGUCUGCGGAGAGAGCAGGUGAUGGGAACAUGAAUGAAAAUGAGGAGGAGGAUCCUCAGCAGGAAGGUCCCAAGCCAGUGGAAGCCCCUGGGACAUUAUCAGACUUUUUCAUAAGGGAAGCUUUUCCGAGUUCUGACCAGGACAAAGCCUGUGAGAGGCAGGAGAUACAUUCUCCGGAGGAGAGACAGGAAAAACCUACUCGUUGUGAAAGAGGCUUCAGGAAACGCAAAGACACUAUCGUUCACCAGAAAACUCUCCUGGGCGAGAAGCCUUACAUCUGUAUUGAAUGUGGGCAGAGCUUCAACCGGAGCUCCGACCUCAUCCGCCAUCAGCGGAUCCACACAGGCGAGAAACCCUAUGUGUGCACCGAGUGCGGGAAAAGCUUCAGCCGGCGCUCGCACCUUAUCCAGCACCAGAGAAUCCACACGGGGGAGAGACCCUACCAAUGCAAAGACUGUGGGAAGAGCUUCAGCCAGAGCACGCACCUCGUGCAGCACCAAAGGAACCACACUGGAGAGAGACCCUAUGUGUGUGCAAAAUGUGGGAGGAACUUCUACCAGAACUCAGGGCUCAUCAGACAUGCCAACUUCCACACGGGUGAGAAGCCCUACAAAUGCCCCGAGUGUGGGAAAUGCUUCAGUGACAGCUCCAAUCUCAUCGCGCACCAGCGACUGCACACAGGCGAGAAGCCCUACAAGUGCACGGACUGUGACAAAUGCUUCAGUGAGAGCUCCAAGCUGAUCAUCCACCGCCGGACCCACACAGGAGAGAAGCCCUACAUGUGUCCCGAGUGCGGGAAGAGCUUCAGCCAGAGAUCCCACCUUGUCCAGCACCGCAGGACGCACACAGGAGAGAAACCCUACAAGUGCUCCGAGUGUGGGACGAGCUUCAGCGACAACUCCACCCUGAUCCGGCACCGCAGGACCCACACUGGGGAGAAGCCCUUCAAAUGUGCACAGUGUGGGAAGAGCUUCAGCCGCAACUCAUACCUCGUGUCACAUCAGAGAGUGCAUGUGUGGUAGGAAGCAGCAGUGGCAUGGUUCCUGGGCAAGUAUGGUGCCAUGCAGGUACAUGAAACAUCUGCAGCAAUUGGGAGUGUGGGUGACUGGAUCAAAGGGGAGAGUGGAACACAUUCCUGGGAUGGCAGGCAACGUUUGGGGUCACGGUGAGAGCCAAGGAACUGUGUGCUGGGACAUUGAUCAGUCUGGAAUCUCAGACCUGGCAGGUGAUGAAAUGACAGGGUCAAUUUUCCUGUUUGUUUUGGUGUUUGUUCCUUUUUAAAUUAUUUUAUUUUGAAGUGAAGGUAAAAAUGCCAAGCAGUAAUUUGGCUCUGGGUCACACCUGCAGCUUAUAAGAUUGUGGCACACAACUUGCACCCUGCUGGUAAUGCCUCAGUUUUGCAGAAUUUACGUUCUCCUCUCUGUACUUAUAUUAAGUUUGUAGCCCUUACAGUUGUGAAGAAUGACUUCAGAAUGUGACCCAACAUAGUGCUAAUAACUGCCUGCAUCUGCAGGCAAAUAGGCGGGAAACCACUCCAAGAGAUGCCCUGCUCCUCUGUUAGGGUGCUAACACUGAAGACCCACCACGAAACAUUUAAAUUGUAAUAUAUUUGGCUGUUUUACUGCUAGUUAUUUUAGCAAAAAUAUCAAGCUGAUGUGUUUAUCCAGCGUGGCAGGAUAUCCUAGAAAUUAGGAAUAGAGAAGACGUAUUAGUUCUGUGAUGUGCUUAGUAUUUCUCUAAUUGGCGCCAUGGCAUCACAAUAUCUCCAGAAGGGUGGAGUGCUGGUGAGAGCAAAUGGAGGGUCUGGGGGGCAGGAGACUCCUGUGUGCGCUAAAGCUACUGAGCAGAUCCAGGAGUUUGAGCAGUUGCUGGCCAAGAAAGCUUUUGAAAGGCUCAUUCUGUAGCUAGCUUGGCAAAACUUGCCACUCUCGAAGGGAUCAGAACUCUCUGGGAGCCUGAAACCACUUCUGGACUCUCAACAGAUGACAAAAUAUUAUUUUAUGUAUUUUGAAAUAUUAAACUUUGAGGGGAGCAGGGAACUUGCUUGCAACUCCUGGAGGAGUAGGGACCUUUGUUUCCCACUGCUCAAGGAAGUGGUGGAACUUUGUGGAGUGGAUGCCUUUUUUUGAAGCUGCAGGGGAUCUGAUGCUUUUACUUGCAACUGCAAGUAUUUUCCAUGGACAACUUCAGACCAAUGGGUUUUUGGUUUUGACUUCCCAACAAAUGCUCCAGAAAUCUGACAGAGUCAGCCAGAUGCUGGAUGGAUCCAGAAAUUCCAGGAUUCAUUCGCUUGACGUACUUUCAAAGGGCAUAUAUGCUUUUCAAUUUGCAGACUCAAAGAUUAAGCCAAAGUUCAGCUAAAGUUGACUGACUUUUAAUGGUCUGAUCUUUUCACAUCCAAAUUUUAUGAAGGAAACAUACUGAACUUUGGUAAAUGCCUGCUGCAUGGCCAAUGUGACAGCGCUCCAGAAUUCAGUGACGGCGGCUGCUGUUUGGGGAGUUCCUUUGGAAUCAUUUACAUUUGUGAAUGGAACUUUUUCUGUUAUGUAUCUGAAUAAAUCAAAACACUGCAGCCAAUUAAUGGACUCAAGCCAGCAACUCCUAAUGCUUGAGACCAACUCAAAGGAAAACCCUGGCAUCAAGAAUUUGGUCUCAGAGAAGCAAUGGCACUUUCCUCACUGAAAACUCCUUCCCCUGCAGUCCUCUGAACAUAUGUUGUCCUUCUAUGUGCUUUGUAAGGUGCUGUGUACAUUUAACAGUGCUCUAUAAAUUAAAAAUAACUGUGUACAUUUAUUUCUGAUUAAAAUCUUUAUGUAAACUUA